UGCGGAAACAAACAUCGCAACUCCAAUUAAUGUGUGGCCGCAGUUCGUUAUAAACUGGGGAUUGUUACAGAAGAAUGAACGCUUUGACGAACGUUUAUUUAUACCAUUUAAUGAAGACAUACAAGUACGGGUUUAUGGGAGUCCGUGUUUAGUGUGCUAAACCGGUUUAUCCAGACAGACCACUGCUGCAGUUUAGUCUAACUUAACCUGAUUUAUCUAAUGUACACACAUCAUACUGGACGAGACAAUGGCAUCGGCAGAAGUAAAAGUUGCAUUCGUCAGCAAUCACAAUGGGACGACCCUAUUGGAGGUUUCGCUGGGAUCGUUUUUAGCCCCUCUGUGUUUUCUCAGCCGAGGACUCUUCCUGAUAGUCUUCCACCUUGGGAAAGGGGUUCUUCCGUUCUCCUGGGGAACCCAUCUCCUGCUGGACUUCACAGCACUGAUAGCGCCUCUGGUCCUGUCGUGCACCGCACUAAGCGACAUCCUUCACUUUGUCAUCAUGGGCAUCGCUGUAGUUGACUUAGUCGUCCUAUACCUCGUUUACAAGAACAGAAAGCGUCCGUCUCAAGGUUCCCUUCACGGCACGAUCGACAGAUUCGUGCAGAGCAGAGUAGAAUCCGACGUGGUGCCGUUUGUGACCGUGUUUCGAGUUCUGGUCAACGUGAAGACGGCCAUAAGCAUUUUGGCUGUCGAUUUCAGCGUCUACCCAAGACGUUACGCGAAAACCGAGACGUAUGGGACAGGGGUGAUGGAUUUCGGCGUCGGGGCGUAUGUCAUGGCCAAUGCACUGGUGUGUCCCGAAGCAAGAGGGAAGAACAUUCAAGGGUCGAAGAUCGGUCAUGUGUUUAAACAGUUGAUUUCCGUCUGGCCGUUGGUCUUGUUAGGGUUCGUGAGGCUUGCGAGCGUCAAAUCGGCGGGCUACCACGAACAUGUGACAGAAUAUGGAGUCCACUGGAACUUCUUCUUCACGUUAGCCAUCGUCCGAGUGGUGGCGUCUGCACUUCUGGCUAUUUUUCCUGUGAGCACCUCAGGGCUCAUUGCCCUUCUCAUUGGUGGUUCCUACCAGGUCGUAUUGGAGACAACGGGUCUAAAGUCCUUUCUCAUCCACAAUAACGAGCGCACCGGCUUUCUGCAGGCAAACAGAGAGGGUAUCUUCUCGGUUGUGGGUUACGUCGCCAUCUACAUGGCUGGGGUCCAGGUCGGCCGUUACCUCAUGCAGAGCAGACAUUUGGUGAAAGACUGGAUCAGAGUGGUCCGUGACCUUCUGUUAACCAGUUUUGGGUUGUUCUUCGGUCUUUACGUGUGCCAGAUAUGCACCGAGCCAGUGUCACGCAGAAUGGCCAACCUAUCCUUCUGUAUUUGGACUGUAGCGCAGGCUUUGUUCUUUCUCUCAUGCAUAAGCACAGCUGACUUACUGUUACUUUUUUCUAAAGCCAUGUCGAAUUUUCCGUUUGUCUCCGUAUCGUGGUAUCCAUAUCAAAACAAGAAGUCAGUACUAGAUGAGAAAAUGAGAAAAGCUGUGGAUGCGUUAUGCCUCGUACAGUCCGUUAACCGGAACCAGUUGCUAUAUUUCCUGCUUGCAAAUAUCAUGACCGGUUUGACCAACGUGUUAAUCAACACUCUGAACAGCAAUGAUGUUUUAGCUGUAAGUGUUUUGCUCUUGUAUAUGUUUAUGAACAGCUUAGUCAUAUUCAUACUGCAUAUCAAUAACAUAACCAUUAAGUUCUGGUAAACACCCUUUAAUUUAUUUAUUUUUUUUUUUUUUAUGGCUCUUGCGAAACUGCUGUGAAAUACACUGGAUAUUGUUUGCAAAGUUCAAAUAAAAUUGAGUGUUUAAGUUUUAAA